CAUGUGUGGUUUUUUUUUGCCAUCGCGCCCUCCCUUCCGUUUCCAGUUUCGUGACUGCAUUUCCACAGGCUGUUGCUUCGUGUCACUGACAUCACUUCGACGGUGACAGCAACAUCGAGGGUUAGAACAGAAGUGACUUUAAAAGCAAAGGCGCUGGCGAGAGCUCGCCUGGGAUCUGGGCAGCAUUACUCAUCGACCCCCGGCACUGAAAGAUUGGUGCAAACCCAAUCCAAAUUUGGGGAAGGGGUGUGCACACCGCCCGCCGCGGUAGGGGAGGAUUUAUGUGAAUAUAAAGGUACUAUUUGAAUGCGCGGCGCAUUGGCGCUGUGUUUGCUGCAAUAAACUAUGAAGCUGCAGUGAAAGUCUUUCCACUUCAGAUUGUGACACAGCAUCGACUGAAAGCAAUCCCCGUCAGCUGGACUUCGACUUCUUUCACCGACUUUCAGUCUUGGACUGCACUUGGAACGAAAGGAUGGAUAUUUGCGCUGACCCCGUUGCAAUUCCUACAGAAAGCCGCCUGCUACUCCGAGAUUUCCUUGCUUUCUCAACUCUGAUCUGACGUGGCAUUCUCUCUUCGCCUUUCCUCCUCGCCCUUCCUCUCCGCCCACCGUCAAGUUUCUUGCCCGAGGAUUUGAGCUCUGACUCCACAACUGGUUCAGCUAACAUCCUCUUCCCUCCCUGUCUGGACGCGCGAUGGGGUGUAACCCUCAUGGCUACUUUAUCAGGCAGAAGCGUAUUCGUUCUCCAACGCCAUCCGCUUGCAGCUACUCCUCGGACAGAUCGUAGCCGCGAACCUGGGGAUUCUUCAGCCCAACCCGAAUAUCCUUCCGUCUGCAGGAUUUGUGACCUUCCAAAAGCUGCCCGCUUCUUAAAUUCCCAAAGCCAAUCCAACCCCACCCCCAAACUCCAAACUUGACUGAACUAGCCAGGGAGGGUCCUGGUUAAUUGAAGUUUCCUUCACUCUCUUUAUUUGCCGCGCAUCUGUUUUGUGGACUGGAUCUCCUUGCUCCAGAUUCCUUCCUGCCCGGAUUCACCUCCUCCACAGAGAUGAAGGCCUCCGGUGUGUGGAAGGUAGUGAAGAAGGAGAAGGUGGACGAAGCCCAAGCCCUGGCUCGGAGCUGUGCGGGGAGACCAGACUUCCAGCCUUGCGAUAGCCCGUCCGUCUGUGCGACCCACAGCCACGGCAAGUGCUUCAAGCGGCACUGGUGUUGUCACUUGGGAUGGUGUCACUGUAGAUAUAUUUAUCAGCCUAUGACCCCAGUAGAGCAUCUACCAUGCACUUCAAUCCCGAUCAGCACGAACAGCCACACAGAUACUGUCCAGCUCUCCAUCUCGUUGAUGGAACGUUUUCUAAAGACUUCUUCUUUCCUCAGUCCUCCAUUCACACCCGACGCACCAAGAUACUGCACUAUUUCCAAACUAUUUGUUGACAGCUAUCGAGUCAAAAGGAUUAAUGGGAAGAUGUGCUAUGUUCAGCGUCAGGCUCAACCAGCUCCUGUUGUGCAUGACCCAAAGGUUGGAGAUAACUUUAGUCAGACUACUUCAGUCUGUUCAAAGGGGCCAACUAUGGCAGACAAGAUGCCAGCACCACAAAUGAACCAAUGCUCUUCGCCGUCUGCCUCUGAGGAUUCGGGGAUAAAUGCUUUAGGGCUCCACUACACGGAAUCGUGUGAUGACGACACGGAGGAGGAUGAGGAUGAAGAUGAACUGAGCUCAGAUGAUGACUCCACUCCAGAGAGUCAGUGGGAUCAGGAUGAUUGUGCUUUGCUUUCUCCUUCUCAAUCCAACAUGGAAAUCAUAGAAAAAAUCGAAACAACUGUCUGAAUUGAAGCAACAGGGGAGGAAUUUUCUGGUAAUUCUGUUCAUUCCGGAAGAAUCAAAUUCAACUGAAGUUUACAAAUUCCAAGAUAACGUGAAGAUCUACUCAGUAUUUCAUAAUCACCUUUUUGAGUAAUUAAAUCACAGGAACUGUUUAAAGCUUUCAAAGUUAUAAAGCAGACAAUUAAAUAAAACAAAAUGCAUGUAGAUGUUAGAUCAGUGAUUGCAUUUCCAGCCGAGAAUUUUAGACUGUGGAAAGACCAAAGGGGUGAAGACUUCUGAACCAACCAAGCACAACAAAGCUGGAAACCUUUUAUCCAUGGCUUUGCAAUAUCAUAAUUUAAGCAUCACAGCACCACUUCUAGAGCAGACUAUGUUUCACUCCUGAAAGGUGUUAGGGGUCAGGGGAAAAGGGAGAAGAGGAUAAACACAAGUACAUGGUGUACAUUAUGUCAGGAUCAUGCCAAUUAUGGAAAGCAUUAAGCAAAAAGGGCAUUAAGAAAAAUUCAGCACCUUCUCCUAAGUCACAGGUCUGGAAAAGGCAUUGGGGCCUUGGGCCUAAACUUUUGUCAGUGACAAGCCAUGGAAUAAAUCACAUGACAGGUCAAACGAAUUCCUUCAAUCCAAUAAUUUGUAGAUAUAAUGCUGAAUGAGUU